AUUGACAAAACGCUUUGGUGGCUAAUCGAUGCUUUUCUGUCUUCGCUCUCUUCGCGGUUCUUGAUCGAGUUUUGUAAAAGCUCAGUUUUGUCAGCGAGGUUACGUUUUAAAGUUUUUGGCUCCUUUUUUGUGUAUUUUGUGUCGUUUGUGUUAAAAACGAAACGAUUUUGGAAUGGAGAAACGCAUAGAAUUGGAAAAACGGGGCAGAGAUCCUGAGGAAAUUAAAGACUUAAUCUUAGAUAACUCAAGAAGUACCAGUAUAGUUGGAUUAACAGAUGAAUUCACAAAUCUGAGAAAUCUUUCUCUAAUCAAUGUUGGGCUGACUUCUCUUAAAGGCUUCCCUAAGCUCCCAAAUCUAAAGAAACUUGAAUUAAGUGACAACAGGAUAGCAAAUGGACUAAAUCUGCUAGAAACUAGUCCAAAAUUGACAACUCUCAACCUCAGUGGCAAUAAAAUCAAAGAUCUGGAGACAUUAGAGCCACUUAAGAAUUUGAAGAACCUCAAAAAUUUGGACCUGUUCAACUGUGAAGCAACAUCAGUAGAAAACUAUAGAGAAAAAGUUUUCAAAAUGAUUCCUAGCCUUAAAUAUUUAGAUGGUUAUGAUCAACAUGAUGGAGAGGCAGAAGAAGAUGAGGAGCAAGAGAAUGAUGAGGAGGAAGAGAAUGAUGAGGAUCUUAAUCGAAAUGGAAAUGAUAGUGACAUGUCUUCAGAUGAAGAAGAGGAUGAUAUCCGUCUAUCGUCAGUGUAUGAUGAAUUUGAUGAGGAGGACGAUGAUGAUGAUGAGUAUGAAUUUGGUGAGGAGCAAGAGGGUGAGGAUUAUGUCAUUGAAGAGGAAUUUGAAGAUGAACAGGACUCUGAUGAUGAAGAUGUGGCUGUAGUUGUUGCUGCAGAUGCAUCAAGGGGAACGAAGAGGAAAUUGGAGGAGGGGAAUGGUGAGAACUAAACCCAAUCUGUGUGCAUCAUCAAUAUGUAGUGAUAUAUAAAAACAUUUUUAUUACCGACCAAUGAAGUGUCUCCAACUUGGUGAGAAGAGACUUUUUGUUAAAGUCAUCACCCCUGGCUGUGGUUUCAUACUUUACAGAAGAAAAUUAAAAAAAUUUAAUAAAUACUUUUAUCCCUUUUGAAUGCAAUUGAAAAAUUCUAAAUUGAAUGAUCGAUUCCCUGCGCAAAUACGAGCAAAAUAAAUCAAUUUUAUGAUAGUGUUUUUACAAAGGUGUAACAUAAUAACUUACGAGAUCAUUUUUUUGUAAUUUUACUUGUUCACGGUAGAAUUUUAGAAAAAAGAUAAGAGUAUUCUUGUAGCUCUGAUAAAAGGAAGACUGUCUAGGUAAUAUUUCUCUUAUGUAGAUUUAUAAGCAAUAAGAUGUAAAUAUUUUAUUAGUUUGCUGAAAAAGAAAGAUUUAGUCAAAUUUUAGGUGUGUAAAUUAUUCAAGAGGUACAAAUUCUGCUUAGGAAUUUAUAUAAGGACACAUUAAUCACUUCCUACAAUCAGAACUACAAUAUGAUCUAUAAUUAAUUAUGCUAGUUUAAGUGAUUUUUCUAAACGCAUGAAAAUUUUACUUCAUGGAAGAUGCUUCCGUUUUAAAUUUUGGGUGUUUAUAGUCGUCAAAUAAAAUAAAUACUCAAAGGUGAAUAUUUUGAAAACUAUAUCAUGGUGCAGGUUUACCAGUAUAGCAAGUAAAAUCAUAGUGUAUUUGAUUAUAAUCUUCUUACUCAAAUGUCUCCUGUUCUCCAAUAACUAUCUUCAAAAACUAAUUGGUCAUUUAUUGUUGUGCUCCAUUUUUAUUAUUAAUAAUUCAUUUUAGAUGCUCUGUAGUGGCCUAAUCUCCUUUGUUAUUGAUUAAUAAAACUUUGUCAGUGCAUUUGAGACGUUAAUAAUGAUUUUAAUAUUUAUAAAUUGAUCGUAGAUCAAUUUUUUCUUUAAUUCAAAAGGAAUAAAUCAAAAUAUGUUACAUCUCUGCUAUGUAGAGGUAUGACUCACAGUAAUGUAAAUUUUAUAACACUAGUAUCAACACAUACAUGUGACAAUUAUUUCAUGUUAGUACUUCUAUGUAUAUCGUUUAGUGUAAGAAAUCUCACAUGUAGUUUUGAUAUUUGUGGCAUGAAAUUAAGAUUAGAAACAAACAGCUGAUUCUGCAGCUAUUCUUCAUUGAUGAGAGUAC